AUGGAUGAUGAAACAGUGCAACAGAAUCAAAUUCCCAGACUACGACCAAGUCAAGGUGGAGUACGAGGGAGACACCAGCAAGUCGUGAUGGUGAAUCGACAACAAGACGCUGAUCAGUUCGUCGAACAAUAUCAACAUGAAGAAGCGGCCAUAGAAAAUAAUCUAACUACGAUUAUCGAAAGGAUUAUGGCCAGAAAUGGACUGAAUACCCCACUACAAAGGCCAACAUACUCUUCCUCGUUAGCUGAAUACAUUGUGCAGACAGAAAACCCUAGAGGCUGGAAAAUACCCAAGUAUACCAAAUUCGGAGGAGAGACUGGUGAAUCGACGGUCGAACACAUUGCCAAAUAUCUGACUGAAUCAGGAGAUAUGGCAAACAACGAAAGUCUCAGAGUAAAAUAUUUUCCAUCAUCUCUCACCAAGGUUGCGUUCACAUGGUUCACCACGCUACCUCCAAAUUCUGUCGACUCAUGGCCAAAACUAGAAAAACUCUUCCACGAGCAAUUUUAUGAGGGACAUUCGAAAAUUAGUCUGGUCGAACUGUCGAACAUCAAGAGGAGGUUUGCAGACACCAUUGACGAUUACCUAAAUGGCUGCAGAAGGGAUCUGGUCCAAAAAUCACUGCAAGAGGGUCGACUGAAAUUUGCUGCCAGAAGGAUGAAAAUCGACACUGACCCACUUAAGCAAGAAGAUGCUCUGUUUGUUGAUCUUGUCAACAUCAACAUGGUGGAGCUGACUGAACUACCUGAUAAUAUGCUGGAAGAGAGCACUGGGGAAAGUCCCCAAGUUCAACUUGCUGAUAUGUACCCUAGGAUGGACAAAGAUCUGUUGGAUUUCUUGUUUCGAUGCAAAAACAAAGAUUCCCAAGUUGGAUUAUGUCCUAGGUGCAGUGCCUUAACUGACCGAAUUGCUGCAGAAUUUUUUUAA